AUGUGUACACAUUCGAUAAGCGGAUCAAGUCUUUUGUCAAGUUAUGACGAAGAUGAUGCCCGUGAAACAAGUGGACGAUCAAGACGAGAAUUCGAACUAAUCGAUGCUGUUUUGUACGAUGAAGAAGUACCAAAACGUUCAUCAAUUAAGAAAAUAUGUGAAGAAUGGUCAAACAAACCACAUUUUCGAAUUCGUGGUAGUGCAUGUCCUCUAAAUCGAUCACCAGAUAUGAAUAGAAUAGAAACAAGAUCCAAUAGAUUAUCAUCGAUUGAUUAUGCACCAAAUCAGUUGAAAAAAGCGAAUUCCAUUUUCCAUGAAGAUCCCAUUGGUGGCAGAGUUUCAGGUCGUUCAUCGAUCGAUUCAAUCGAAGGUUCUACACUAAGUGAUAUUUCCGAUUUGGAUAAUCAUGAUGUACUUGAUGAUACUGAUACAAGUACUAUUAUGUACGGUCAUUUUAGCGGUAGUGAAGCUAACUCAUUUGAUACCGAUGAUGAUGAUGAUGAAAAUAUUAAUUAUUCCUUAACUCAAACUAAACGUAAUCGUACAAAAGAUCCUCAACGUUUUAUUAAAUGCUUAAAAGAUAGUAUAAUCAAUUCCUUAGCAUCCACUUUAAUCCAGAAAUUUUUCGUUGAUGAGCAAGCACUAUUACAACGUUAUGCUAGAAUUGCCCGUGCAAAUAAUUCUAUUAUAAUUCGAACAGAACCAAGACCGUCUUCAGUUCCACCCCGUUCUUCACCACAAGGUCGUACAUCACAAACAACGAUACAACCAAACUUUCCAAUGCCACCAGCAUAUCGCCCAACAACUGACACAAGUACAGAAUUAGAAAGUAUCUUACAUGUAAAACGUUUAGGUGGAAUAAAAUCCAAUCCUAAUCAGACAGCAACUGUUUCCCCAUCAUCACCAAGAAAACCUCAAGGAUCACUUCCACCUACACCCAUCCGUGUUGAAAGAAUUUCAACGUCUCUAUCGAUGGAGAAACGAAAUCAACAACAAAUCUCGUUAGUUGGUACAGCUAUUACAAAUCCUCCUCCUCAAGUAAUAUUAUCGGCACCACAAUCAUCUCAAGCUCAUACACGGCAAACAACAACCACAACUCGACGUCAUGGUUCAGCAACAACAAUUAGUUCUACAACACAAAGUUCGGAUUCUAUUAUACGUUUACCACCAAUUCUAAGCGAACAUUUGAAUAAUAAUGAUUCAGGAAUGAUAAACCGUUCGCAUACAAUAAGUACAACAAUUAUUGAAUCAGUUCCAACAGCAACACGAAUUGUAAGUAGCAAAAGUACCACAUCCAAUUUUUCAUCAGCAGCCAAAGCGCGAGCAUUUCCGAAUUUCGGAAAACUUCAAAGAACAUCACGAUCAAUUAUAAUAGCUCCAAAUAAAGAUUUUAGUAAUUCUCCUUCAAUAAGUCCAAUUCGUUCGAUAACAGCAAAUAUUUCAUCAAAUAUAUUAAAAACAACGGCUGCUGCACGAUCUCAUCAACAACCACAACAGAAGUCUUUUGUAACAACGAAAUCGUCCCCACCUUCAUCGUCAUCAACGGCUAUUAAAGUACCAGCAACACAUAUGUAUUAA